AUGAACUUUGGAUUUAACUUUGAUUGUGAUUAUGACCAAUCAACUUCUAAAAAUAUUUUCGCCAAUCGCACACUUGAUUUAAACGAGACAUCAGAAAGUGAAUCAGAUUUAACGAAAGAUGAACUCAAACGACUUCUUUAUUGUCUCGAAUCAGAUUUGAAGACCAAAGAAGAAGAGAUUACUAAGCUAAAGACAGAAAAGAACACAGCUCUAUUAUAUGAUGCUAAGUAUGGCAAACUUGCCGGUAAUGACCCAUUCUUGGCAUUAAGAAGAGAUUCAAAACUCACAGACGAAGUCUUGAAUGAAAGACAGAUUGGUAGAUUGUAUGAAUCACAACUUGUGCAGCUUGAAAAGCUGAUCUCAGCCCAGAAGAAAAUGCAUCAUAAGUCAAGACAGAUAUUAGCCGCGACUGAGAAGAGGCAUGCUAAGGCUCUAGAAGAACUAGAAGUUGAAAAAGAGCGUAAAAUCCGGUACGCCGAGCUUGGAGACGACGUUCUUGCUUUUCUUGAGAAAGAACGCAAUAAAUUAACGCAGCAGUUAGAUUUCCAAAUGAGCCAAUUAGCAAACUGCCAAGAAGAGCUUUCAAAAUUAGAAACUAGGCUUCAAGCUGAACGCGAGAAGCAUAAAAUGAUGGUUUUGUUUUUAAUCACGGAACGUAAACAACUCUUGAUUAAAGUUCAUGAAUUGAGAUUGAAAUCAGAAAACCAGCCUCCUGCCCCUGCUGCUCAAAGCCUCCUGCUAGAGGAGUUGAAGAAAGAGGUCAUGUUCUUGAGGCAAGAAAGGGAAUCAUUGUCUAACUCAAACAAAAUCUUAAAUGCUGAAAAUCUCAGUUUGAAAGAAGUUAUCAAUGAACAAGAGUCGGAUCUUACUCAACUGAGAAAAAAAUCGGGCAAUCCUUCUAAGUUUCACAGUGAUCGAGCUUCUUCAUCAUCCGCUUGUGCCUUACCUCAACUAACAGAUGAUGGAGGAAAUAGAGUAGGAUCCGCGAUAAUCAUGACUAAUCGUAUGGCAGGAAACAGUAUAUCUCAAAGCGCUAUUGCUGCUCCCCGAACACGACUUGCUAACUCAAGCAGCUUUCCUACUGAAAGAAGUCGAUUGCCUCGGGCUCCUUCAUCUCCUAACAGAACUACUUCGUCCAUACCCAGGAACCCAUCUUCGCCAACAAAGAAAGUUCCGGCCAUGGGUCUCGGGACCAUAAGAACAAGGUUAGCAGCACCCUCGAUUGAACAAGAAUUCCAAGAUCUCGACGCUGCUCUUAAGCAAAUCAUAAACACUCCUAAUAUUGUCAAUUCUGUUAAUGGACCCAACGUUGCUCCUUCGUCACCAACCAAGCGAAGUAGUAGCUUACCGAGAAGUGAAAUUCGGAAAAGUUCAGAUAUUGUCGCACCGAAAAUGGAACACAGACCCACACCGCAAAUGGGCAGCCGUAUAGUUCCACCUCAAGCAAGGCCUGAUACGGGGUUCAAGCUAUCAGGAACAAUGAAGAAAAACGAUGCUCAAACUCUGAGUAAAGGUUUUGGUAAAUAA